AUAGCUGCUGCGGGGGAGGGGCUAACCCACGCCGCCUGGUUUUGUUUUGUAUGAAAACAGAGGCAUGACGGGGAGAAAGUCACAGGACAGUAAGAGCCUGAGCUGAGCUUUACAUCUGUUUAAUGAAGAUUUCAUUUGUGUGGAACCAUGAGCAGAGAUAAACACUUUAACAGGCGGUUUUCACUGGACAGUCUGGGUUAUUCCCCAGACAGUGGAGGACUCCUAGGGAAGGCCAAAGGCUGUAAAAUGAGGAGGAGCACUGAUGGGACGAAGGGCCGUGGUCUGGAUGAAGCACAUCUAGAGCUCCUCGAUAUCAGCAGGGGCCUCCACAGAAGCAGCUCUACACAGACUACCACCAUAGAAGAGGAGGGGAUUGAUCGCAUUGAUGGACUGUUAAGUCAUAAUAGCUUCAAGAACCACAAUAAAACAUUCCAGAAACAUUUCCCAGAGAUUUCCGAGGCGGAGGAAUUGACACGUGCAUUCACCUGUGCCAUUCAAAAGGAGGUGCUUUACCAUGGAAGGAUGUAUGUGUCAGAACAGCAUGUAUGUUUCCACUCUUCAGUUCUGCUGAAGGAGACCAAGGUUGUGAUUCAUGCUUCCGCAGUACAGUCUGUAAAGAAAAAGAACACAGCACGGGUUGUACCCAACGCAAUCAAAAUUCUCACCAACAGUGGAGAGAAGUACCUGUUUGUGUCUUUGCGGAACCGAGAUGCAUGUUUCAAACUCUUGCAGUUGAUGUGUCCACAACUACAGACUGUAAGUGCCAACGGCAGCCAUCUAACGUCUUCUCCAGAAAACAGCCAUGAACUGGAAGUUGACACAAUUUCCAGCCACUCCAGUCAGGAGGACGCUACAGACCAACGCAGGGUCUCUAUCCCAGAGCACGACAAAAGUCUGGGCGGCACCCUGUCCUCCCUCUCAGUCGCCGACAUCCCAAACGGUCAAGCAACAAGUAGCUCCACGCCACGCAGCAGCACCAGCAGAGACGGGCACUCUACAGAGGAGGAGGAAACAGCAGCUGUCUCCUGGGUCACCAUGGUAACAGAGAAGAUCAAAUCGCUCCUCUCCAUGAGUGGGACAACUAACAUCAGCAAACUCCUCAUCAUCUACCUCGUACUAGUGGCGCUCCUGCUCCUGACGUCCGGUUACAUCGGUCUGCGCAUCAUAGCUCUGGAGGAGCAACUGAACACACUGGGAGCAAUGUCGGAGUUUAGUCUACAGAGAGAGUACAAGGAAACAUAACCCUGUGUCUGCACGAAGAGGCUGAAAGACACUGGAAGACAAAAUAAAAGCAAGAAACAUCCACAUUUUCAAAUGCAGCUCAACAAGAUGUCUUCAUAGACAGCAUGAGCUGAUCCAGAAACACAGCAGGCUGUAUUCACCGCAGGUCUACUCAGGCUCCAGCUGUGUCCCGAAUAGCUCACUGCAUCUUUUUGGGAAAGCUCUGCCAAGAAGUUACUGUGACAAACCAAAAGGAGAAUUAAUACAAUGUGAAGUUAUUUAAGAUCUUCCGAGGCCCUCUAUUUCAGUAACGGUUUUAACAUGUCUUCAUCAGCAUUUACCUCCCGCUUUCCCUGUGCCACAUUAUGCCCAGCGCCACACCCAUCUCUGUUAUAAGAGCUGAUCCAUUACUGUGUUAGUCUGUUAGAUGAUCCCCAAGAGAACCCCUUUGAGAAAGAGAAGCCUCAGUUCUCUUUUCAGUCCCCAUAAAAUGAUGAUUACCUUUCUCUUCUAGCUUGCUAAGCUAAGAGCCACACAGCCUAGCAACAACAGAACAAGAAGACGACCGUUAAUAGGUUCCUACUGAAACCUACACCUUGUUGUCCUUAUGCCAUUCAUGUAAUGUGUGUGUUACAUUUCUGAUUGGUGAGGUGAAGUCAAAGAGGGCACAUUAAAACCAGUAUUGAAACUGAGGGCUAGUUGCUUAGGACUCUGUAAGCUCCGGGCUCCAGACUUAACUUUAGAACUGUCCUAGAAGGGUCUCAAAAAAAUACUAUAUUUGUCCCAAAGUGAAAAUUUACAUUUUGCUGUAGAAUUUCUGUAGAACCAUUCUACAAAUUUCCAGAAAAUGACAAAUAUCAGACAGCAAUACACAAAACACAUGCAUAUCACAUGCAUGCAUACACACUCACACAAUGCAUACACACACAUCUGUGGUCCAUAAAUACAUUCAUACAGUACGUAUGACAGUGUGUGUAUCAGAAGUUCUGUAACUAAAUAUGGAAUAUUUUAAGCAUCACUUUAUUCCUUGUAAUGAACUGCAUUCCCGAAAUGCAAAAGAAAUCUGUGAAUUGAAGUGUUUAGGUUUUCUUGCAACAAUGUUUAAGGGGGCAUGGAUGGCUGGAACAUUCAUGAUUUUAUGACUGAUUUAGACAUUGUGUUCAUUGUCAUUACAUUAAAUUAAUUGUCCCUGAAGUGUUCUAAAAUGGUUUAAACAUCGUCCCAUGCGCAGUUCUUACUGUCCCCUGGGUGAUGGGAUGGUGUUAACCUGGAGCCCUAGUUAGCUAACCAACAAGAAAAUACUGUAGCUGCACUGCUGAUCUAGCAUCUGUUUUUGGCCUUUUUACAACAUAAUAAUACAUUAUGAACAUUAUCAUCCUAGAUCAACUUUCUCUCUUUACAAGCUGUACCUUUUUCCUUUCAUGUCUGUUAUGUCUUUAAUGGUUUGUUUGCUGUGCUGUACAUAUAAACACAA